GUGGUGCCGUAAGUCACAGGGGACUGUCGUAAAUAGUGGUGCAGCUUUUCUCUUCAUACAAGCUAGGCUCCCUUUGAAUCGUUGAGGUAAAUACAGAUUAUAAACUCUUUGUAAGUUGAUAUUUUUUAGAUUCUGCAACAUUAAUUAUCGGACCAUGGCUUCAGCUCCAGCACAACAGCCCACUCUGACUGUGGAGCAAACCAGAGUGGUGCUGAGUGAGGUGAUCCAGGCAUUUGCUGCUCCUGAAAACGCUGCUCGGAUGGACGAGGCGAGAGAGAGUGCGUGCAACGACAUGGGAAAGAUGUUACAGCUCGUGCUCCCAGUGGCCACGCAGAUUCAGCAGGAAGUCAUCAAAGCGUAUGGGUUCAACAACGAGGGAGAGGGUGUCCUUAAAUUUGCCAGACUGGUAAAGAUGUACGAAACGCAGGAUCCUGAAAUUGCGGCCAUGUCAGCCAAACUUAAGUCUCUUCUACUUCCUCCACUUUCAACCCCACCUAUAGGAGGCGCUAUUCCUGCUUCAUAGAGCCUGGAAGUGGAACUAUAAAAAUGCAGUCAUCAUCCUUUGCUCUGUAUUAAACACAUUAUGUCUUUAAUUUACUCACUAUUUUUAAUACCAUCAAGGGAAUCUUAUUUUGACAUAUGUAUGGUUUUGUAAACAUUCAAAGUGUUAAAUUAUUUCUUUUUGUCAUAUUUAUUCUCUUUUGACCACAUUUUUGUUGCCAUCUUUUAUACCAUUUUAUAUGCCAUCAUAGAGUAAAUAUGUUGUAUUAAUAAAUGUAACUUUUUUGGAAUACA